CACUCAAACUCUGACAAGGGUGACGGCUCUGUGCGCUACAUCCUGUCCGGAGAAGGGGCCGGUUCUAUUUUCAUCAUUGACGAGAUGACUGGUGACAUCCACGCCGCCAAGAGCCUGGACCGCGAGAGGAAGUCCCAGUAUGUUCUACACGCCAGGGCCAUCGACCGCUGGACCAACCGCUCUUUGGAGACGGAGUCCGAGUUCAUCAUCAAAGUUCAGGAUGUCAAUGACAACGCCCCGACCUUCCCAGAUGGACCUUUCUCGGCCUCUGUACCAGAGAUGUCCGAUAUUGGGACGUCUGUUUUCCAGGUGACAGCAUCGGAUGCAGAUGACCCGACCUAUGGGAACAGCGCCAAGAUAGUUUACAGCAUCCUGGAGGGACAGCCCUAUUUCUCCGUUGACCCUAAGACAGGUGUGAUCCGUACAGCCAUGUCCAACAUGGACCGUGAGACCAGGGACCGCUACGCCGUGGUGAUCCAGGCCAAAGACAUGGCGGGGUCGGUGGGAGGACUCUCCGGAUCCACUACCAUCAACAUCACCCUAACAGACGUCAAUGACAACCCUCCCAAGUUCCCACAGAAGAGCUACCAGCUGUACGUUACCGAGCUGGCUCCGCUGGGGAAGGCUGUGGGUCGCAUCAGAGCCACUGAUGAAGACCAAGGACAGAAUGCUGAGAUGACCUACAGCAUCACCAACGCAGAGGCAGCUGCGAUCUUCUCUAUCAGCACUGACGAAAGCCACAGGGAGGGAAUCAUCUCCCUCAAGCAGCCUCUGAACCAUGAGAAGAGGAAAGUUCACACACUGAACAUCGAAGGAGCCAACACCCACCCAGACCCACGCUUUUCCCACCUGGGACCGUUUAAGGACACCACGUCUCUGCAGGUCAUUGUGGGCGACGUGGAUGAACCCCCAGUCUUCUCUAUGGAUUAUUACAUCUUGGACGUGUAUGAAAACUCUCCUGCCGGAACUCAGGUUGGCACCGUAACGGCAGUGGAUCCCGAUAGUACCAACAGCGCUGUCAGAUACUUCAUAGAGAACGAGGAGGAGAGGCCUCUGUAUUUCACCAUCGGAGUGAACAGCGGUAUCAUCAGGACCAGUCAGGUUCUGGACCGGGAGGAGACGGCGUGGCAUAAUAUUACCGUGAUGGCUGCAGAGGUUGAUAACCCUCGUAUGAUGACUCACGUCCCCAUCACUAUCCAAGUCCUGGAUGUCAAUGACAACAUACCAUCCAUCUCUGGAGGCAACAAUGCUGUCAUAGCGUGUGAAAGCACCAAAAUUGGACAGGUGAUUCAGACGAUUCGAGCUGCAGAUCGGGACAACUUUGCAAAUGGAAAAUUCUCCUUCCGUGUGCCUCCAGAGCUUCCAGCGAAUCCUAAUUUUACCAUCAGAGACAAUGGAGACAACACUGCCAGUAUAGUGUCCCGGCGGCGUGAUGGGUUCAGUCAGGACAGGGACCAGCAGUUUUUCAGCCUGGUUCUGGUGGUGGCUGACGGCGGGGAGCCUCCUCUCAGCAGCACCGCUACCCUCCACAUCAGGGUGUGUGUUUGUCAGAGGAACACCAGGGGGCGCAACGGUAACAACGUGUGCCAGGCCCAGGCGUUCCUGUCCUCGGCUGGCCUUAGCACUGGGGCUUUUGUGGCCAUACUGCUGUGUAUUGUCAUAUUGUUAGCCAUAGUGAUGCUUUUCACCCAACUUCGGAAUAAGAAAGCGAGCAAAGAGCCCCUGAUUCUCUCUGAAGAGGACAUCAGAGAAAACGUGGUGACGUACGACGACGAAGGAGGUGGGGAGGAGGACACGGAAGCCUUCGAUAUUACCGCGCUUCGAAAUCCCAAGGCCUCCGAGCCGCGCAGGAAGUACCACACCUACUGUGACCGUGGACACAGUCCGUACGAAGAGGAGGAGGUCGAAGAAGACGAGGAAGAGGGGAUUGUGGUGAUACGGAGGAGAAAAGCGCGGGAGGCGGAUUACAGGAGCUACAGUCCGGAGUCGGAACCAGCAUGGUUUGUCAUUGACUGCGUCCCUCGAGAGAUCAGCCAGUCGGCGCCCUCGCUUCUGCUGGACGGUCACGAUAUCAUCCAGCAGAUCAUCCAUCAGAAGGUAGCUGAGGCAGACUCGGAUACACGAGGCCCACCGUAUGACUCCCUCCAAACAUACGCCUACGAAGGCCACGGGUCCUUGGCCGGAUCAGUCAGCUCUCUAGGGCUGACCGCUGCUUUCCCUGAGUUAAAUUAUGCUGACCUGGAAGACUGGGAGCCAGAGAGGCAAACUCUGGAACAAAUUAUCGGAGAGCAGCUGGCUACAGACCAGGUUAUCCCUGACUCUUAAAGGACGACCAUCAGAGGGUUUUUCCUUUUCUUUUUUUGUUAAAAAAAACACCUUGGGCCAGAUUUCCUGAAGCAGAAUGCUUUUACAUGUGCCGGUGAAACCAAGGUACAAAAAUGCAUAAUUACACAUGUGAUAUGUGAAAUCAGAGGAUAAGAAAAGCCAUUUAUAUGUAACAGGAGAGAAAAAACACAUAGGAGGCUGUGGGGGGGGGUAUCAGGUGUUAGAGUGAGGGACAAGAUGCAAAUUAGGAGACAACUAGUGUUUUAAAAUGCCUGGUCCAUUUGCAUACAGUUUGCUCCCUCUGCUCUGCUUGUUAGGUGCGUUUGUGAAAAAGGUACAUCCAGCCAUGGCAAAUAAGACUCUGGUCUUAAUCCACAUUGUUGCUGAAAUUCUAGGCAUGUCAAAACACUGGCGAGCAAACCUGGAGAUAAAUACCAAAUGAGUUUUGAAUAUGGUUUCACAGGGUUCAAGACCAAGGUCACCACUCAUUGUUUGGCUCGACUAAAGUUUGUUUUUCAGAAGAGGAACUUUUAUGCUGACCAUGAUUGAAAUGAUACCCAGAAAUAAUGAGCAAAACAAACAACCAGGUCAUCAAAAUGAUGCCAUUGUAUAUUUCUGCCAAACACGACAACAUAUAUAAGCUCAGUCAAGAUAUGUCUCAUAUGGAUUCUACUGAUAGACAAUGGCAUUUUGAGGAAAAAAAAGAUAUAAUAACAACUAUUACUAUACAUUUUAUUAUUAUGUUGAGAUAUUGACAGCGCAUGGUUAGGUUUAAAGAUAACCAAGGCUUGGUCUAAUUCAGAAAAACCACAAAGAUUUUAUAAACAGCCCUAAAAACACAACAGAAAUGCCGUUUAUCUGUAAUGAAACUGCAUUGCCAAUUAUAUUUGUUUCCAUUCCACUUUCAGUUUUGCAAACAAAUGUAGUCUGUGCCUUCAUUUUGUCACAAGGAAAACUUAUUUCUCAUUGAUCCAUGAAUGUUUCACUAGUCAGUGGAGUUAGCAUCAUGGUGCACAUUACAUUUUUAGGUGUGGUAAAGGUUAAAACAUUGUGGUUUGACAUUGGAUCUUUCCUUAAAUCUAAGUUCUUUCAAUAUUUACACCUCACACUCUAAAUUUUCAUAAUAUUCUGGUCAAAACUACAGGGGUGAAUAAGGACUGGAUCCAACCAAAGCACCUUUAUAGCCUAAACCCAAAAACUAAUGGUCAUCAGAACCAAAUUCCAGUUUCUGGUGGCUACUAUCCAAUCUGCUUCCUGCUUUGUGAGGAAAUAAUAAAAAGUGGCAGAUCCUUAUAUUUCUAAUAACAUUGAUAUUAUUCAUAUUUGCAGUUGGCAGGAAUGUACAAAGGUUACAAUUUAUUCUGGUGACCGGGUCGAAAACCUCUGAUGUUCCAACCUGGAAAGCACACAAAUUAGAAAAAAAAAAACUUGAGACAAGGCCAAAGAAUUCACCUGAACAUUGAUUUGGAAACAGAUUCAUUUUUCUUACGUACAAAUUCUGUAAAAAGCAAGAAGUCAGCCUUCACUUUCAAGGUGUGAUUUAUACACAGGAGACUCAACUGACCACUUUUAUAAGGACAGCUAAACCAGAUUCUACUUUCAGGAACAUGCUCUGAGGCUACAAACCACCGAUCUGUAAAGAUUAACAGUGACCAUUAAAAGGAAAUAGUCUUUUUCCCUGACACCGAAACAAACCAUAUUUAUUUUAUUUGGUAUUGAUUUGUUUGCACAUUU